AUGGUCAAAUUCAGCCCUAUCCUGUGUGGCGUUCUCGCAUGCGGUCUUGUUGAUCCAUGUCUUGCUGGAGACAAUGCGACAGCAUCUGUGAUUACCACCCCGAUCUUCCAAGAAUGGGACAACGGAUCAUCCAACAUGACUGUCACUCUGGGUGUCAUCAACGCCGACUACGCAUGGCAAUAUGCCAAUACCACGUCCAAUCUCAGCAAGCGCACGGGUAUUUCCACGGUCGUGACAGUGGUCAAGCACGGAGUAAAGACCAUUGCCACGGUAAAAGCAGCGAUUGAAAUCUGGGAGUUCGUUGCUGGUGUCAUUAAGUCGAAGUCGGAGGCAGAUUCGUGCACGUUGACAUAUGGUACGGAUAUUACUGGUGAUUAUUACUAUGGUUAUGCGUACAAGGCCACAACUACUGGAGAGAAUUGUGACACCACGGCGGAACGCAAGACAAUAUUGAGUGCUGUUGAAAAUUGUGCUACUACCCUGCAUUCUAAAGGUGCUGCCGUUGGCUGUUGCACUUUUCACCACGGGGGUACUUGGCAUGGCCAUCUGCAGCUGAGUGCUGAGCCGGUGACCUACCCUGUGCAUACAGUCACUUGUUAA